UGUUUCCAAUGGUUCUUAAUUAUAAUCUUAUUCCUCACUCAUCUUCUCUUUCUCUGAGUCAAAGAAAAAAAAAAGGAAAGAAACUCACAACUGAAAAAGACUUGUACUAUCCCUUCCUUGCCUUAACUUUCCCUCUCUCAGCUCCUUAAUACCCCAUUUCCUUCUUCAUCUGAAUCUACCUCUGUUCUUAGAUUCACCUUCUUCUUCUGCACUGUUAGCACACAACUCGAUCUGGUAUGGGCUUUCAAUUCUCAAUUGUUAGUUAGCCUUGUCAUUAUUUACUCUCAUAUGAAAGUUAAAAGAGAAGGUUGAGGCCUUAUAGAUUUUUUGAUUUGGUGCAAGUCUUGAAGUAGUGAUAAACUUCUGAAAUUUGGAGUGGGCAUGGUGGGCAAAGAGGACGGGAAUCCUCUGGCUCCGCGCCAGCUUCCUUCUGCUGGUGGGUCCCGCAAGAUGUUUUGGCGUUCUGCAUCCUGGUCCUCUUCUAGGACUGCCCUUCAAAAUCCUGAAUGUGAUGAGAAGGAUUGUGUGAUAGAUCCAAAUGGGAAUGAUAUUGGUAAUGGUAGUAGUAAUGAGCAAAACCGUAGGUACCCUGUUCCAUUAACUCCACGGUCCCAACAAAACUUUAAGGCACGGUCAUGCUUGCCGCCGUUGCAGCCUUUGGCCAUUGCUCGUAGAAGUUUAGAUGAAUGGCCGAAAGCAGGUUCUGAUGACUUAGGUGAGUGGCCUCAUCAGCCAACCACCCCAAGUGGGAACAAGAAUGGUGAGAGGUUGAAACUUGAUUUAUCUUCUAUCCAAAGGAACCCUGAUAAGAAUGCUGGACUCGUGAAGAGAGAUAAAAUUGCUUUCUUUGAUAAAGAAUGUUCAAAAGUAGCAGAGCAUGUAUAUCUUGGUGGGGAUGCAGUUGCUAAGGAUAGGGAGAUUUUGAAGCAGAAUGGGAUUACUCAUGUGCUGAACUGUGUCGGUUUUGUCUGCCCUGAAUACUUCAAGGCUGACUUUGUUUACAGGACGUUGUGGUUGCAGGAUAGUCCUUCAGAGGAUAUUACAAGCAUUCUAUAUGAUGUUUUUGAUUAUUUUGAGGAUGUUCGAGAACAAGGCGGGAGGGUUUUUGUUCAUUGUUGCCAAGGGGUUUCACGGUCUACUUCAUUGGUGAUUGCAUAUCUUAUGUGGAGAGAAGGUCAGAGUUUUGAUGAUGCCUUCCAAUAUGUGAAGUCAGCAAGAGGGAUUGCUGACCCCAAUAUGGGUUUUGCUUGCCAGUUAUUACAAUGCCAAAAGAGGGUUCAUGCAUUCCCUCUUAGUCCUAGUUCAUUGCUGAGGCUAUAUAGAGUUGCUCCACAUUCACCAUAUGAUCCUUUGCAUCUUGUCCCAAGAAUGUUGAAUGAUCCUUCACCUUCUGCUUUGGAUUCUAGAGGUGCCUUCAUAAUCCAUAUACCUUCUGCAAUAUAUAUCUGGAUUGGCAAAUAUUGUGAGGCCAUCAUGGAAAGGGAUGCUAGGGGAGCUGUAUGUCAGAUUGUUCGAUAUGAGAGAGCUCAAGGUCCAAUAAUAGUGAUUAAAGAAGGGGAAGAACCGGCUUACUUUUGGGAUGCAUUUUCAAAUUAUCUACCUCUAAUUGAAAAAUCAGGUAAUGGUAUGAAGGCUGGGGAAUCAGCCCUUAAAAUUUCCCUUGGUGAGAGAAAAGUGGACGCCUAUAAUGUUGACUUUGAGAUUUUCCAAAAGGCUAUUAAGGGAGGGUUCGUGCCCCCAUUUGCAUCAUCAGAGAAUGAACAUGAGACCCACCUUCCUGCUAGAGAAAGCAGUUGGAGUGUGUUAAGACGGAAGUUUGCCCCUGGCGACAUGAAAGAAUUUGUCUCAGCACCAAAGAUAUUCCUCUCCAGGAUGUAUUCGGAUUCUAUGAUGAUUGUGCACUCCUCCUCACCACCAUCAUCAUCUUUAUCUUCUUCCCCUCCAUAUCUUUCUCCAGAUUCCAUCUCUUCAGAUUCCAGUACUAGCUCAAAAUACUUCUCAGAAUCCUCUCUAGAUUCUCCUUCAGCAGCUUCAUCUUCUGUUCUUGUGUCUUCAUCACUAUCUAACUUCUCUAACUUGUCUCUUCUCUCAUCCAAGACUUCUUCUCAGCCACUUUCCAACACUCCUGAGUUUCAUGCCAUCAGUAGCAUGUCCAAUGGACCUUAUCAAGUAACUUCCUCGCUGUCUAAAACAUCUCCACCUUCACUUGCUGAACGCAGAGGUAGCUUGUCAAAGUCCUUGAAGCUGCCAGUCAUGACUGAGAAUAUGAGGCCGACUAACAUUCCUCCAAAUUCACAUACCUGCCAGGAAGAUGGUGCUAGGAUAAACAAGAAUAAUUUUUCUUGGUGUAAUACAGAUAGUAGAGAAAUUGUUCUAGAGUCCAGGAAUGAUACCAAAGAAGGAGACAAGGAUUCAGUGCAACAGUGCAAGUUGAAUUUAUGUUCAGAUAGAGUAGUUAUUGCUGACAAAUGUCACAAAGAAGCCAGCUUUGUAAAUAAUUAUGAUGGCCCUGACAGAAAUUGUCUGUUGGGCAAAGGCUUAGGGUGUUCCACCUCAAAUGGGAAGGACCGCUGUAGCCUAAAGCAACCAUUGGUAUGUCAGUGGCCCAGUUUGGAAAGAAUUAUAACUUUUGGUGUUAGCAAUUUGGAUUCUAAAGCUGCUUUUGCAAUUUUAGGGCCAGCUACAGGUUUAGGCAGAGAUGAGAAUAGGAUUCUAUAUUUUUGGAUAGGAAGGUCUUAUCCUUUUGAUGAGAGCCUGACUCGGUUAGAAUGCAGUAAAGGAUUAAUGGACGGAAAAUUAAUUGACUGGAAUCAAGUCGGCUGUCUUGUUCUUACUCAAAUGGGUCUUCCGAAGGAUAUCACUGUCAAGUUUAUCAAAGAAGAUGAAGAACCAGCAGAAUUUCUUGAAUUGUUGAGUGCAUUAUAGCAUCACUGAGAUGGAGGAGAUUAUGCAGUGCAAUAGCUUAACUCUUUUCAGUUACUUCAGCUGCCCAGUUACUUACAAGUUUUCAGGCAGUAUCAUGAACUUCCAAAGCAAGACCAGUGAGUAUGUCUGCGGAAGAAACUUGUAAUCAAGUAUGUCUGCGGAAGCUCUGGACUUGGUGAGCAAAGCAGCCAUAAACACUUCGCUUCCACCUGGGUGAUUUAAAGUGUUGAAAAGCAAAAUAUGUAGAAUCUUUAAAGAGAUGAAGUGGCUGCUUUCUGAGGAUAUCUGUGGCUAUACAUCUUGGUUGUACAGUGCUGUAACAUCUUCAUAACUGGAUCAUUUUGUCCUACAGCAAGUUUCAUAUUCAUGUAUAUUCAAUCAUUGUCAGAAACAAAUUCCUGAAGGCCUUUUCAGGCAUAAUAGAUACAUUGAAAUUCCGCUUCCAA